AUGUCGCUGCUGAACCCCGACUACCGGUCCGGCGCCGACUAUGCCUUCCUCGUCUCACGCCUCCCUCCGGAUAUCCAAAGAAUGCACGCCAUGGGAAUCCGGAACGUCACAUUGAUUGGAUUCGACCCUACCUCCUGCGUCUACUUCUGGCGCAGCAUCGCCGAUCUGGCAAUGCAAAAGACUCCGGCCGAGCUUAUGGGCCAGACUGCCACCGCACGCCAGCUACGAUUCUACAAGUGGAUCGUCCGCGGACGCAACGAUGCCGACAUGGGCAUGCAGCUCACUGGUCAUGGUGGAACAGACGCGGCUCGCCAGGCUGCAUCCCUUCUGCCGGGGGAGGAGAAACGUGGCUGCGGUCACUGUGGAUGGGCGCCUGCCCAAAAGGAAGUCUACUCUUACUGCGCAGGCUGUGUCAUCGAGAGCCAAGGUCGCAGAAUCUCAUGCAUGUACUACUGCAGCAGGAAGUGUCAAGAGGAUCACUGGCCCACCCACAAGACGUUCUGCACUACCCGCAAGAAGGUUGUCCGUGCCGCACACCUGAUCCAGAAGCUCAUGUAUGCCAUCGAGGCAGCAGGUGCUCAACGCCAGGUAGAGAGCCUGGAAGUUCGAGACGGUGUGACUCACCUGCACGAAGUGCCGCAGGAAGAGCUCGUACUCCGAGGCGGGCCAAUCCUGAACCCUGUUGCUCAGGGAAAUGCUUCGCAAGAGGCAUAUCACGCGGCUCUCACCGGCCAAACAUGCAACGAGAUCGUCAUCGUUGGUCGGCAGCUGCUCAAUCUUCUCAUCGACCCGUAUUGCCGACACAUGGAGGUGAUCACGAUUGUGCCUCGAAACGCCGUCAACCCGUUGGGCAUCCUCAAUGCUUCCAGCAAAUUGAAUAAGGAGUGUUACAUGAUGAUUGGAGCACACAAAGUCAUCCGGCUUCACCUCGCCUCAGGAGAGACUCUCCUGCUCGACAUCUCUGGAGCUCAGUAUGGCUGGCGGGAACCCGUGGCGCCGUGGGAUAAGUGGUGCCGCCACAGGGCGGCUCAUGUCAACCACGCCAAUGCGGUGCAUGUGUCUGAUACCAUCGAGAACAAGCAGAGGAUGCUUGCGAGCUAUGAGCAGAUUCGUGGAGAGCGCCUGCGCCGGCAGAUGGCCCAGAGAAUCCAAAGUCUUCUCAGCACAGAGGCAGCUCAACGAAAGCUGCCAUCCGUGCUUGCUCUUCUCGGGCUUCCAGGCAUAAGCUAUAAUGUUUUUGAACAGCACGUCGUCCAGGCUGCCCAACAGGCGUGCUUGCAGAUCUCCCAGUCAGGGCGCACAUCUCGCCGCGGUCUGUGA